GGUGUCUUUAACUAAUAUUUAAAUAUGUUUGAUCUGAAACAUUUAAGUGUAACAAACAUGCAAAAAAAAUGUGAAAUCAGGAAGGGGGCAAAUACUUUUUCACACCAUAUAUAGAUGUAGCUCUGAAAAACUAGAAUAAUGUGGACCUUUUAACUAAGAAAAUAAAGAUGUUGUUAUCUGUUAACUCAUAUUCUUAUAGGACAGCUUAGAAAGAGACAGGAAACAGGAUGGGAAACUGAUCCUAUGACAACUGUAAAGAAAGCUGUCACCUCUGUAUGCAGGCUGUAUGCUUGAACCAGCAGACAAAGUCCUUUGAACUUCAAUUUGGAUAAUUAUGCCUAACAGCUACAAAUUCAGCUCAAAGCUCAUGAAAUCCAACCUCUCAUAUGAUCAGAAAAUUUUAAGGAUUUAAAGGAUCCCUUUAAAGGAUUUCAAUUACAGAAAUGAAACUUGUGUGAAGUCCACCUAUUUCUACCCUCAGUUCUUGGCUUUUAGCUCUGCUGAGGGGUCAGUGAAGACCAGCUCGCUUUAAAGGUCCUUUAGCUGGUCUGUGAAGUUGGAUCAGCUGUUUCUCAACAUCCUCAUGUCAAAUAUUAUAACCCUCAGAUGUCCCACAGGGUUCAGCACAGGCCUUUCAAGCUUGGUAAUAUUGUGGUCAGCAAACCGUUUGGCGCUGCGUGCAGGAGCUACGCAAGUCCUGCUCACUAUGGCUCCAUGUUUGAGAGAUAACCGCAACCUUGACUUCAAAUGGAUUUUCUAGAGUUUGGAGAAUAAGUUUGUGCCUUCAGCCUCUUAAAGUCUGGGUUCUCUCACUUUUCUGGCAGUUUGCAGGUGAGCUGUGUGGCUAAAGCAGUGACCUCAGCAUCAAACCUGUUCAAAGUGGCUCCACCACUCCAAACAACUCUUAAAGGUGAAGGGAAUCUCCAUUUUUUUAAACCAACAGAUGAGAGACAGUUGCCUAAACUUUUCACACAGAGUGGGGGGAAAGCAUAAAAGCAUACACAGACAGUCUUGUCUGUGUGGUGUGAUGUUACUUUUAUCUGUUUCCAUGUGAUGAAAGCCUCCAGAGGUUGAAGUGUUGUAAAUCUGUGUCCUCACCUUUCAAAGCACUGACACUUCCUGCCCUCAUGGUGACAUUGUUCUGUAGAUGACUGAAGCUGAAGGAUUUACUGUGCGUGUACCUGUGAGGUGGGUCAGUCUUUGACCUUCAACAUGAAUCCUGUUUUCCAGUCAAAGAAGAACUUAAGGACAGUUUCCUACCGGGCUUUGUCUUCCAAACAAUUCCAGGAGUUUUCAUCGCAAGGGAACAGCAUCAAAAUCAGAAUUAUUACAUUCCCCGGUGGGUGGUUUUGACUGGAUUAUUGGCAUUAAAGCAUGAACUACACCCAGAUUCUUAAUUUUUUUUUUAGAUGUUUGUCUACUUAGUUUGAGCUUCACCGCUCUGCAUGCUGCUGCUCAGGUCUGCACAGCUGCACUGCAGAGGCUCUCCAGCCUGAAGUAACAGAGCUCAGACUGUUUGUGCCAUGCAGACACUAUCAGGGAGGAUUUACACAUGCCUGAGAGGACAGGAGCGAAAAGUCUUCUGUUUAUCCCUCUGAAUAGACAGUUAACGCUCCAUAUUCACCACAGCUCCAUGCUGAGUGGUUACAGAUUGAUGUGCACACAGCUCUUUGUGUUGUCUUUGAGCCUGUGAAUCCUCCUCCUCUCUCCCAUUUGGCUCUUUUUGCUUCUGUCACGACUCUGCGCCCACUGCUUUCCCUCCCUCUGCAUCCUCUGCUCCUUUCCCUUUCUCCCUGCUUUUAUUCUCUCCUCCUCUCUGCUCCUUUCCUCCCUCCCUCCCUCGUUCUCCCCUCCUCCCUUCCCACUCUUUCCUCUCUGGAGUGGCGGCAGCGUGACUGCCUGCGUCAGCCAGCCCUGCCAGCCAGUGAGUGCUGCUACUGGAGCUGUCGUACCCUGCAGAGAGCCCUGAGUGUGUGAAUGCGUGUGUGUGUCUCUGUGUGUGUGUGUGUGUGGUGGUAUGAGUGUACGCAGAUGGGAAAGCAACUGAGUCAGGGAGGGCUGCCUCUCAUCUCUUCGCUGUUAUCACCAUCCUUCACUCUCCCUCCUCUCCUCCUCUGCUGCCAUGGAGCUCCAGCAGGCUGAAUCACAGCAGCGUCUGCAGAAAGGGCUGAGGUAACACUGUGUGUGGUGUUGAGGGCUUUCUUUAUGUUUUGAAAUGCACACAUCUGCACUCAAACGCCUGCAUGCAGCCUCUGAGUAGACCUUCAGUGUAAUAUUUAACCCCUAACUGCCUCAGCAUCACAUUUCUCUGCAUGUCAGUGCAAUUCCAGCAUGCUCAGCCAGAGAGGUGAAGAGCUGGAACACGCUGUAUCAUGUGUGCAUAUGUAAAAAAGAUGUUCCUAGGUUGUUUGGCAUAUGUAGGAUUGCAAGUGUUUCCUUCAUGGCUCAGUUCCUGCUUUCGGUCCGCGCAGAUCACAUGACCCAGCUAGCAAAGCGAGCCCAUUACUCAUUCUCUGCACUUACAGUGUUUGGCUGAGCACAAACAAUUCAAGCAGGUCUGUGACUGUUCUGCGUUGUAGUGGUGGGCUCAGUGUACAAAUCAAAGCUGGACAGAUAGUGAGUCAUUAACAGAGUGAGAGGAAAUGUCACUGUUGUGGUGGACAGGCCGCAUCUUUAUGAAGAAGCUUUGCCUCCUUUAUUGAAAUCUUUACAAGCAAAAUAAACACAUUUAACAUACAGAAUAUCCUGAUGUGCAACCUCAAUUCUAAAAUGUUGAUAACAGUAGAUUGUUUGCACUCAUUUCAACCUAUUUUGUACAUAUUUUUUCCCAGCAGGUAGAUGUGUGUGUACCUGUGGAGCUCUGUCAGGCCAGUAUGGAGCGUGGGAGACUGAGAAGGUGGGCGUCAGGCUCUGCUGUCAUGUUCCUUCACACUCUGGCCUUAUCCUGGACAGGUGGGACACUCAUCACCUGUCACCUGAAAGCAUGACCUGUCCUCCUUAAAGGUGGGGUAGGCAGGAACUGAGGAAGUGCCAGUUUUUGGAGAAAUCUUGAAUGUAAACACUACCCUUCCAUUCAAUUUUCCCCUCAGCUCCUCCUCUCCCCUUCCCCUCUGCUCCAGCAAGCCCCGCCCACAAACGUUUAAUCGUUCCAAUUAAAUUCAGAUAUAAUGCAGAUAAAUACUUCAGAUAAUUACAAAUGGGGCCCAAUCAACGUGAACGUAAAAGGCAUUGAGAUCCCAAAGCAUCCCCCAUAAUUUAUGCUUCAUUGAUGUUGACCUGGCUUUUUAGCUCUUGUCCGGUCUACCGCCUUUUAAGCGCCUGUUAUCCCGCCAGAGUCUCUGAUAUUUCCUUCGCUUUCUUGCUUGUGUUGGCAGUCGUGGCCAAAGGAGGAUUCAGACAAUUUUCUGUACUUUCUGGUUGGUGUUUACUGUCCGAUAUUGUUGCACGCGAACUUCGUUUGGGAUCAUGCACAUUAUUUGAGGAUGUGGAGCAUGCCUCACAACAUGAGUGAGAAGUAUCCGCCUAAUAGUGGGACCCUAAGACACAUUUUACUUCAAGUCAUGAUACAAAUGUCCCCUUUGGUAUGGAAGUACCUUAGGGUCAUAGAAAACAUUUUAUCCAAAGAGACAAGUUAGAUCACCCUUCAAUUUCUUUUAAUAGCCAUUUUAAAAAUGGCUGCCGACAAUAAACCACUUAUACACCAGACCCCGUAUCUUUGCUUCUGUUAGAGCUAUAAUCAUAAUAUUGGUGUCAAAGUGCACAUUUUUGGGGUCUAGGAAUUCAAUUAAAUAGGUUUCAAUGCAAAAAAACCCAAAAAACACUAAUAUUAAUAUUAUAGCUCUCACAGAAGCAAAAAUAUGGGGUCUGGUGUAAUAGUGGUGUAUUGUCGGUGGUCAUUUUUUAAAAUGUCUAUAAAAUAAAUGAAGGGUAAUCUAAGUUGUCUCUUUGGAUAAAAUGUUUCCUAUGACCCUAAGGUACUUCCAUGCCAAAGGAACAGUAAAUCUCAGUUUAGGGGGAGGGGUGUGUUACCCUGUCAAAACGUACAUUUUUUCAUGAAAUUAGCAUAUUUUACCUCCCACUGUCAUGGUAAUUAAUGAUGCAUUGGGUCUUUUGCAUUGAAACCUAUUUCCUAGACCCCGAAAAAAUGUGCACUUUGACACCAAUAUUAUGAUUAUAGCUCCAACAGAAGAAAAGAUAUGGGGUCUGGUGUAUUAGUGGUUUAUUGUCGGCGGCCAUUUUUAAAAUGAAAAAUAUUUUUAAAAAUUGAAGGGUGAUCUAACUUGUCUGUUUGGAUAAAAUGUUUCCUAUGACCCUAAGGUACUUCCAUACCAAAGGGGACAUUUGUAGCAUGACUUGAAGUUAACAGCUUAUUUUUUGGGCUUAGGGAUUCCACUACAACAACCAGUCAGGUCAAGGAGGUGGAGAAUGGCUUUGUUUACGUUUAGAAAGCGCAGGCUGCUCAAAUUUUAAAAUGUUGACUAAACAGACAUAAGAGAACACAGUGAUAUCGUGAUAUUGCCAAAUGUAAUCAAUAACGAUUAGCUAUUGACUAAUAUUAAAAGCUUUUUUGUAUAUACACCACAAAAAAGAUGCUUCCUUUUACGGAUUCCUGCCUACCCCACCUUUAAAUUACUGUAAUAAAACCAGACUAUUUGUACUUCAGGUUGUUUUACUGCACCUGUUUUACUAGAGACAGAAUAAGUGGGUCAUAAACACAACUGUGGCCUUAUUUCACUUAGUUUCAGGAAAAAAAACAUCCAAAAUUUUAGAGAGCAGAAGUUUAAACUAGAUGAGAGGAUUUCCUGGGGUGAGCAAAGGGGCAUUUCAAUCUAGAAUCUGACCACCAGAUGUCACAUUCUCAAUUCUGCACCGUCCCUCCAAUCUUGCAUAAACAGGUGCUAUUGAGCCCGCCCCCAAAAUUGACGGAUGGAACCGUGCAGCUUUGACCCUGCAGGAGAACAUGACACACCGGUUCAACUGCCAGUCAGAUGGCUGGGAUCCACAUGCUCCCGCCCUGCUUACCUGGUACCUGAAUGGGGAGCAGCAGAGAGCGCCAUCACCCAGCCGCGGGCGCCUGGUGAUGACACCAAAGGACAACUUUGAGGUCAGAAGACAGGGGAAUAAACGCAACAGCACCUUCUCCCUGCGGGCCAGGAAGUGGGACCGAGAGCUGGUGUGUGUGGCAUCAAACCCGAGGACCGGAGAGAGCUACAACGCCACGGUCAAGCUCAACGUUCAGUGUGAGUCUGAGAGGAAAUGUCUGGAUGGAGAGAUAGUGAAGGUGGUUUUUGACGAGUACCUAAAUCAUCUUUCUAUCCUGUGUUCUAGUUCAGCCAGAGAUCCUCAAGUUGAAUGCCCACUACAGUGAGACCUCAGACCCUGGCCUUUCCCUGGUCCUCUUUGCCUUGGUUCAGUCCAACCCGCCUGCCACCCUCACCUUUGUGGACCAGUCAGGCCAGAUGGUCACCAACACCUCAGACCUCCUCAUCCUGGACUCGCGGAGCUACCCCUGGCUGACCAAUCACUCGCUGAGGGUCAUGCUCAGCAGCCUGUCUGGAAACAUCUCGCUAAACGCCAGUAACAGCGUGGGAACAUCGCAGAGCAACCUCACCCUGGCAGGUCAGUAGUGGUGGCUGUGUACGGAUGAACGAAUUGCCCUAUUGACCUUUAUAUAAGUUGACCCUGAUUAGAAGAAGAAGACUUUGAGGGCCAAAUUUAUAUUGAGCCUUUCAAAUUAACGGCUGAUCUUGUAAACACACCAAAAUAAAAUGACCCUGCUUUUUUCAGGUGUAUUUCAAGUUUAAUAUUUGGGUCAUUACGGUAUUUUGGAUUCCACCCUGGUUUUAGAAACAAAGACUAGGAUUCAGUUUAAAAAGUGUUGAACUAUUCCUCUAGCUCGUAGUUCUUUUUCUCUCGCUCCAGAGUUCUUGCAGUCCCGUGUGGAGGUGCCCAUGCUGGGAAUAGUGACCGGUGGGGCCAUGGCCUUCAUGGCCCUCCUCAUCCUCAGCCUCAUUGUUCUCUGCCUCAUGCAAAAAAACAAGGGCAAGUCUAUAGGUGAGGAUUGAGCAUGGCUGCAGUAUGAUUAGAGCACCUGUUCAGGAGAGUGAUGCCUAUUGUUCUGUCGUGUUUCAGAUGAGCCGGUGGAAAUCCUGAUGACCAAGAAAAGGUAAGUGAAGAUCUCUGAUAGCUGGUUCUCCCUGCAGUUUCUCACUUAAGAAACCGACAGAUUACAGAUGAAACUCUGACACAGCUCGCCGAGGUCCUUUCCAUCUCAGCACCACCAGCUGACUGGAAAGAAAUAGUGAUGGAAGCAUUUUUGUUUCCUCAUGAAUACUUUAUGCCCUUCCUGCAGAACAAUAACUCAUCUGAUCCAAGUUUGAUUGCCUCCUUCCCUCUUUUUGUCUGUACAGCGACUCCACGAUCCUGAAGGUGGAGAAAGCAGAUAAGACCUCCAUCCCCCGAGAGAACAUGUCUCUGCCUUCAAACAUGCAGCUCAACGACCUCAGCACCUUGAGAAAAGGUAAGAGUCGUCUCACACAACGCUUUCAGAUGCCUGAGAAAUACACGUACAUACUAAGAUGCUGGAACUAGCCCUUUGAUACUGUUUGAUCUGUUUUGCAUUUUAUCGUGUCCUCCCUCCAUCCCUCCAUCCCUCUCUGUAGCCCGAGAGGCCGCCCAGCAAAACAGUGUGGGAGAGAAGAAAGAAGAAGAGGAGGAGGAAGAUCUGUCUUUAGCCUACGCCGCCAGAGGUCAGGAAAACACCCUGAUGCUGCUCCAUUUUCCAUUAUUUAUACUUCAUAUAUGAAUGUUGUAUCCGGUCUGAAUGGUUCUGUAUGGUGACUUGCAGGUUUUGCCAGGUACCCCAUGGUGGGCUACAUCUACAAGGUGAACAGCACAAGCAGUGAGGAGAUCUGGCUCUGACUGACCUCAAAGUGACAGUUAAACAUACACAUAUACUGUACAUGCAUGCAAAAUGCUUCAAACUGUGCUGCUGUCCAAGAGGAACCCAGAACAACUGCCAAUCAGCCAAUCACUGGUCACCAGGAAGACGAGGAAGCAAAAACAACAUCAUCCUGAGUCAAACACUCGUCUUGGACUUAAACGUUUCAAUGUUUGUGUCACUCUUGAACAGGUGCUCUGGUAGAUACACUGCUGAUGUGUUGUCUAAAAUAUCCAAAGUGUAAACUCUGCAUAAAACGCUCUUCCUCUCGAUCUUUGGAUGUGAUUUCCUCCUGUAUGCACACUCUCAUUACGCCCUCCUCCCUGAGCAUUACUGGAAUGCAUCAAAAUGUUCUCUGCUUACACCAGAAUGUGCAAAAUAAUGUUCUGUAUGUGAGAUUUAACCAUAAAUGGACCCCUUAUAUCCAAAUAAGAAAGUAUAUGAUGAUCGAUAUUUGUAUAUGAAGGUGUAACAUGUCAUGUACUGUAUAUUUGUAUGCAUAUGUAUAUGUGUAUAAAAGAGGACAACUCAUAAUAAAGAGCAUAUUGACAUUGUAUGAAGUUAUUGCAGGAGUUGCUGCAGUUUUGUUAUUAC